AUGACAGGGUACCACAACCCGCCGCCGCGCAACUACCAAACACCCCGAUUCCCGUCCCUCAAUAUUGGGACCGUCUACGACUAUAGCCAGGAUCGACGCUACACGCUUUAUUACGUUUCUGAUGUCUGGCGCUUUACGGUCAUCUGGACGCUCAUCGUCUAUGCGCUCUUCCACCUAGGCGCCGUCGUGGUGGCUCUGCUUACGCAUGGCUGGCGGAUCUCCACGUGGAAGUACCUCUGGGCGGUGCCUAUCGUGUACUUGGUCAUUGCUGGCCUGGAAGCAAUCCUCUCAGGGAGCAUCGUGGGACUCAUGCUCGGAGCUGUGUAUUCGGCCGGAUACUACGAAAUGAACACUUGGAUCCCUUGCACGUGGGGAUUCAUCAACUUGCUGAUAUUGGUUAUCUCUUCGUUUACGAUCCAAGGUGGCCUCUGA